AACUUCACAGCAGUUCAAAACUCAACCUCUUCUUUCAAUAAACAACAACCAGAUUGUAUCGCGUACCAAAGGGAACGGGACAACAAUGACAUGAAGUGGCUAUUGGUGUGACAACUUGAGACUUACAAAGCCGGUCUAUCUUGUCUCUUCAAAGCAUGCCACGCGGCUAUCCUCUCGCCAACGACCUCGUUUUCUCGCCCGGCUAGAAACUCGAAAAUAUGGAGGUUGCCAACGGUGGCUCUUCGGCCCAGAGCCAGAAUGGCUCAUCUGAGAGCAACAGCGGAUACAAACUCAAGUUUUGCACUGUCUGUGCAAGUAACAACAAUCGCUCCAUGGAAGCCCAUUUACGGCUGUCUCAGGCUGACUACCCUGUCAUCUCCUUCGGCACUGGUUCUCUCGUCCGCCUGCCCGGGCCUACCAUCACCCAACCUAAUGUGUAUCACUUUAACAAAACUUCUUAUGACAGUAUGUUCAAGGAGCUUGAAUCCAAGGAUGCUCGGCUGUAUAGGAACAACGGCAUCCUUAACAUGUUAAACCGUAACCGUGGCGUCAAAUGGGGCCCAGAACGCUGGCAAGACUGGCAAGUCGGUGUACCUCGCUUGCAACAUGCUAAGGACCGUGGCAGCGAAGGUACUGAAGGUGGUCUAGUCGAUGUUGUCAUCACCUGUGAAGAGCGAUGCUGGGAUGCUGUUGUCGAUGAUCUCCUUAAUAGGGGUUCACCGCUCAACCGACCCGUACAUGUCAUCAACGUUGAGAUUAAGGAUAACCACGAAGAGGCCGCCAUUGGUGGGCAGGGUAUCUUGGAUCUCGCAAACUCCCUCAACGCGGCUGCUCGUGAAGAGCGUGAAGCUGUCGGUGCCUCGUCCUUUGACAAUGGUUCUGCCUCAAGCAGAGCCUCUUUUGAUGAGCGAGUGCCUGAUAUCCUGGCCUCAUGGCAGGAAAGAUGGCCCAAACUGCCAGCAACCUGGACCGUGGCUUGGUUCUAAUCCACGUAAAACCACAAUCAUACUACACACCAUGUGAUGCGACUGCAAUUAUAUGCGACGAAGGCCUUGAGUGCUGAACUCUAGCAGCAACUCGAUAGGCGGUAUACGCAAGUUUGCAAAAAUUUAGAUCUAUCUCUGGGAUGGAUAGUAGGAUGAACUUGAGUGGCUUGUGAGGGGAGUUUCGUUCCUAGCUUUCGAUCGUAGAUACCCAAACCCCAGUAUAAUCAGGGUGAAGAUUUGUUAUCCCCAGGAGGGCUCAGCCCUUCACCACUAUCAUCACAAACCCAUGAGCAGCUGAAUAUGAAUAACACCGGUGCCUCGUCACCUAAACCUCUCAUUGCCGGCCAUUCCGUUACUAUCCCCAAAGGAGUUUCGCGAUCAAGGAGAUACUGUACGGCUGCUUAAGGGAACCCCCACAGUGUACUAGGCGCAUACCUUUCAUAGGCAGAUAAGAAGUGUCGAUCACAAACCGGCUUCGAAAUUAUAUGAAGAUUUUCCAGCCUGCAUGAAUAGUGAAAGUUUCAGGGAAGACUGAUCAAGAUUGAUCUAGUUCAAAUCGGACAGGGUUUUAAACUCGAUCACAAAAUAGACGGCGCUGGUGAUCACUUUAACAC